ACCACUCUCACCCAGUCACUCAUCAUGGUUCAAGGCGUUCAAAUCCUCACCAAAGUCGCCCCAAAGGCACAGGAGGAGAUCCUCACCGACGGAGCGCUCGCAUUCCUUGCCGCCCUUCACAGGACGUUUGAGAAGACUCGCCAGAAUCUUCUCAUCGCUCGCUACGACGCCCAGAGAAGAUACGACUCUGGCGUACCACUUGACUUCGCCCCCGAGACUGCAGCCAUCCGCGCAGACCCUACAUGGCACUGCGCGCCCCCUGCGCCUGGCCUUGAAGACCGCCGUGUCGAGAUCACCGGUCCUCCCGAGCGCAAGAUGGUCAUUAAUGCCCUCAACAGUGGGGCAAAGACGUUCAUGGCUGACUUUGAAGAUUCUAACGCGCCGACUUUUGCCAACUUGAUCAACGGUCAAGUCAACCUCCGAGAUGCCAUCCGCCGCGAAAUUGAUUUCGAGUCGGGUGGAAAGUCGUACAAGCUUUCUCAGAACCCGGCUGCUCUCAUUGUGAGACCCAGAGGCUGGCACCUGGACGAAACCCGUGUCAUCGUCGAUAACUCGCCUGUGUCGGGCUCUCUCUUUGACUUUGCCCUCUAUUUCUAUCACAACGCUAAGGAGCUCGUCAAACGGGGCUCCGGUCCCUACUUCUACCUCCCCAAGAUGGAGCACUACCUGGAGGCCCGUCUCUGGAAUGACGUGUUCCUGUUCUCUCAAUCCUAUAUUGGCAUGCCCCACAACACCAUUCGGGGAACUGUGUUGAUCGAGACACUCCCAGCUGCUUUCCAGAUGGAGGAGAUCUUGUUUGAACUCCGAAACCAUUCUUCUGGACUCAACUGUGGAAGGUGGGACUACAUCUUCAGUGCGAUCAAGAAGCGUCGCGCGGACAGGAGCGCCGUCUUGCCUGACAGGAAGGAUGUUUCGAUGACCGUCCCCUUCAUGGAUGCCUACGUCAGACUUCUCAUCCAAACUUGCCACAGGCGCAAAGUUGCUGCGAUGGGCGGCAUGUCUGCACAGAUCCCCAUCAAGGACGACCCCAAGGCCAACGAGGUCGCGAUGGAGAAGGUCCGUUUGGACAAGCUGCGCGAGGUCACCGCAGGCCACGACGGAACGUGGAUUGCUCACCCGCUCAUCAACCAAAUUGCCCGCAAGGUCUUCGACGAGCACAUGCUUGGCCCCAACCAGUACCACAUCCGCCGUGAGGAGGUCAAGGUUGCCGCUGCCGACCUCCUGAGCAGCGAUGUACCGGGAAAGAUCACCGAAGCUGGUGUGCGCUCGAACGUUGAUGUCGGGCUCGCGUACUCGACGUCCUGGAUUGGCGGUAACGGCUGCAUCCCCGUCAACUACCUCAUGGAAGACGCAGCGACAGCCGAGAUCUCUCGCGUGCAGCUUUGGCAGUGGGUAAAGCAUGGCGCACGCCUCGACACGGGCGAACUCAUUACUGUCGAAUUCGUCGACCGCAUCAUCGCGGAGCAGGCUCCCGGUAUUAAAAAGAUUGCGCCUGGCAUCAAGGACGAGCAUCUGAAGAUUACGACUGCGUAUCUCAAAAGCCAAAUCAGGCAGCAGUGGCCGAGCGAAUUCCUGACGUCCGACCUGAUGCCAUACCUCACUAUGGCCGACGGCGUCGAGGAAAAAUGGCACCGCAGUUCGCUGUAAAAGCAUCAUCUCGCCUUUCAUGUCCGCACCACUCCCCCACGUUCUCGCAUCUUUGCUUCAAUCAAUCAAAUGCCAGAGGCUUAAAUGCCAGAGGCUUGCAUGCCGACACAUGUAUAAGUAGUACAUUAGCCCAGAAUGAACUCUCAGUAAUUAGUCUCUGCACACAUGUACCAAAUACAACAGAAUGCAUAUGAUUUGAAUGACUUCUACCUGCGCCUCUGACCCUAAAGCAUAUCUUUCGCUACGCCUUGCUCUCUAAAAAUUAUCAACGCCCCCCAAUGAUGUCUACAAGCUACGUCUUUGGAGGCUUCAGGAUAGGCUUUUCGCUGCAGUCUCGUCUGAGUCUUUUGCUCGUACGCGUAGGCGUAUCCGAGCAAAUCGUAGUCGGACCACGCCGUGCUGAAGAACGUCAAGCCGAGAGGAACUCCGGGCGCCGGAUACACUGUCUCGGAACCUGCGCUUUGGAUCGUGACGUUCUCAGGAUAGAACCCCAUGGGUACUGAAACGAUUGGAUACCCAGCGAGCGCGGGCAGCACUGUAGGGAUGGCAGUGGCGGGGAGGACAAGAGCGUCGAGCGAGUACAUCUUCAACGCCGCGUCAAUCCCGCGGGUACCUCCUAUCUCAUGGUCGGCCGCCAGCGAGGCGUAAUAAGUAGAGUUGUAUCCGGUAGUAGAUUGUGCGAUGAUGAAGUCGGACUGAUCAGUGUUAUUGGCAGGCUCCUCUAGAGAUGGAUUGGCAUCGUUAAACGCAAUAAGGUCUUCCAACGACUCGACACCGGAUGGAUUGGAGAUGAGAGACGCAAACCAUGCAUUUAUUUGGAUCUUGAAAUCUGUGAGACAUACAGCAGUCUUAUUGGUGUUCAGGGCCUCUUGGGCGGAAGGGACAUUGGCCGGGUCGACAAUGGUUGCUCCGAGGCUCCUCAGGGUGUCCAGCGCCUGCUCAAAUAAUACCUCGUUGACAUACGGGUCAACGCCCGUUAUGCUCGUGUUCAUGAACACCUCGCGGGGGACACCAAGGCGCUUGCCAACGAGCGAGUCGUUCCGCAGAGCCUUCGUUAAGUCGGGAACAGGCGACGGUUGAGCGAGCGUGAAGUUGUCGUUGGGAUCUUCGCCAGCGAUGGCUGAGAGAACUAUUGCGGCGUCAGUGACCGAUCGAGCGAGUGGACCAACAGAGUCUUGAUGCUCUGAGAGGAGAAUUAUACCAGCUCUCGAGGUCAGCCCAAGGGUUGGCUUGAACCCGACUACAUUGUUGUGAUCCGCCGGACAAAUCAAGCUCCCGUCCGUCUCCGUUCUGAAGAACAAGAGCUGAGUUCAGCACCAUGGAACAAGUGAAACUUGCCAUUCGAGUGUUUACCCAAGGGAGACAGUCACGAGUCCGAUUGACGAGGCAAUCGCAGAGCCCGACGAGGAACCACAAGGAUCUGCCUUCGGGUAAUACGCAUUCGUGGAUUGACCACCGCGACCUGACCAGCCAUUGGAAGUACUGCCUCGCGCAUGAGCCCAUUCUGAUAGAUUCGCCUUGCCAAGGAUGAUUGCUCCAGCUUCCCGUAGCUUCUUUACGACGCCCGCAUCGCCAGGCACGAUCGAUCCUAGCAGGCUGUACGAUCCUGCUGUGGUGUCCAAGCCUUCUCUCGAGAUGGUAGCGAUGUUAUCCUUGAGUGAGACAGGGAUGCCAUGUAAAGGACCGCGAGAGCCUGAUAUUUCACGCUCCUUGUCGAGAGCAGCAGCAGCCUCAAGCGCGGAUGGACUCGUUUCAAUGACCGCUCUCAAUUCGGGACCCUGCAGGUUGACUUCAUCGAUGCGUGCCAGAUACGCCUUGACAAGAUCCAUACCGGUAAAGUCACCAGAAUUGAGGCUCGCCUGAAGAUCUGCUAUUGAAGCCUCGUACAAAUCCGGGAGCGAAGUCGCGAUUAUUGCAGUCGCCGAAGUGCUCAACAGCAAUAGCGCUGUGUACAACCCAGUCAGAGAUGCGAACAUGUUGAAAUCAAGUCAGGGAACCCCAGUAAACCAUCGAGCAUAUCUUGAUGAACGCUCGUCCUUAUGUACUAGUAGACCAUCGUCCUGGUCGUGCAAAGUCCACAGUCAGCCCACGCCACUGUUCCGAAGCACACCUGCGGUCGCCAAGACAGCAACCCUGCGUUAAGCGCAGUAAGCAAAGCUGAGGUGAAGCUGGAUCUGAGCAUGCGGAGCACAGUACUAGUCGCAUGUGUGUGUGUCGGAGGCAGAACAAUUUACUUGCGCAGAGUAUAAACGGCUGCACGAAGGAGACUGUCCACCUGCAGUUGACGUCCGAGUCUGCCGGUUUCACUGAAAGUCAUGGACGCGAAUCCUUUCGGCAGUGAACUUCGCAUGCGCACAAUUCGCGCCCUUUCGAGCCCAAGGAGGCUAUGUGAAGCGCGUCAGCUUACUGGAGCC